AUGGUACGUAAUUGAGAAAGGCUUUACUCCCGGCCUCAUGCGGAAAACCUUUACCUUUAUCCAUGAUUGCACGUUGCACGUUGUUUAGAAAUCUUUAAAUUACUGUACUGAAGAAGAAAUAAGUGAAAUAACGAAGUAAAGCUUGGUCAUGGGGAAAAAGAAUAAAAAGGAGAAGAAAGGUCAAGGUAAAGAAAAGACAAAACAAAAGGCUGAAAAAAAUGCCAAGAAACGAGUAAAGAAAGAACUUGCAGAAAUAGGGGAGGAUGAUAUUGAGAAAAUGAUAAAGGAAUUUCAAGAACAAGACAAGAAGAAAACUCAGGUGAUUGAGGAGAAAUGUUUGCCGCCUUCACCAAGGUGCAAUUUGUCUUUUACUGCACAUCCCGAUAGAGAUGAAUUGAUCAUGUUUGGUGGGGAAUAUUUUACAGGAAAUAAGAUGUACAUGUACAAUGACCUACUUAUUUAUAACAUAAAGAAGAAUGAGUGGCUGAAGAUAUCGGCACCAAAUUGUCCCCCACCUAGAAGUUCACAUCAGGCAGUUGCUCUGAGGCAAGGUGGUGGUCAGUUGUGGAUAUUUGGUGGAGAAUUUGCCAGUCCUACACAGUCACAGUUCUACCAUUAUAAAGAUCUCUGGUUAUUUCAUCUGAAGGAAAAGAAAUGGGAAAAAGUGAGUGCUCCUGGUGGGCCAUCAGCAAGAAGUGGGCAUAGGAUGGUGCAAUGUAAAAAGCAGCUUGUAGUGUUUGGUGGAUUUCAUGAUAAUAUCAGAGACUACAAAUAUUUUAAUGAUGCAUAUGCCUUCAACCUGGACACCUAUACUUGGACAGCUUUAGUGACCAGUGGAAUUCCUCCUGCACCAAGGUCCGGUUGUGUCCUGGCCCCAGCGUUAGACCAAGGGAGGAUCAUUGUGUAUGGAGGAUAUAGUAAAGAACGUAUCAAGAAGGAUGUAGAUGCUGGAAAAGUUCAUACAGACAUGUUUGCUCUAAUGCCUGAAGGAAAAGUGAAAGAAGGGACACAACCAACAAAAUGGAAGUGGGUCAAUGUUAAACAAUCAGGGUCAAGGCCAUCACCUCGUUCUGGUCUAUCUCUAGCUACAGUAAGCAAUAAUAGGGCCGUCUGCUUUGGUGGAGUGUUUGAUGAGGAGGAUAAUGAUGAUGAGCUUAAGGGAAAAUUCUACAAUACACUGUACUUCCUGGAACUAGAUAAAGGCAAAUGGUUUGAAGGAGAAAUGAGGGGCAAGAAGUUAACAGAAAAGAAGAAGAGAAGAAGAAAAAAGGAUGAAGAUUCUGCAGGUGCCGGGGUUGACGAUGUUGAUGACAACGAUGAAACUGAUGAUGAUGAUGAUGAUGAUGAUAAUAGUGAUGAUAAUGAACAAGAGAUGGAUGUUGCUGAUACAGAUAUAGAAAAGAUGUCAAUUAACUUUGAAACUGAUGACAAUAAUAAAAGUAGUGAAACAAAUGGUGGAGCAAAACCUGACAUGGAUAUAGAUUCUGCUUCAGGAAGUACUCAAGGUGCUUCCUCAGUUACUAUGGAAACUGAAUCUGAAAACACCAUGGAGACCGAGGAAUCUGUUUUUAAACUGACAGUUGGUCCACAGAGUAGUUUGUCAGAUGAAACUUGUGAUAAGGUUAAAACAACAGAACCUGUUAAUGUAUUCACACCAUCAGCACGUAUGAAUACACUGUUAGUUGUGAAGAAUGGUCUGUUGUUUUUAUAUGGUGGUAUUUAUGAGGUUGGCGAUAAACAGUAUACUUUAAGUGACAUGUAUUCUUUGGACAUCAACAAAAUGGAGGAGUGGACUAUUUUGAUUGAAAGUGACUUGAAAAAUCAGGUGUGGGAGGAGUCUGAUUCUUCAUCAGAUGAGGACGAUAUGGAAGGCGGGGCUAAAUGUGCGAAACGCAAACCUAGCGAUUCUGAUGAGUCUGAUGAUGACGACGACGAUGAUGAAAUUGAUAUAGAUUUUAGUGAUGCCCCAGAGAGACCAGCUUCUGAAGCAAUUAAAGAUUAUUUUGAAAGAACUAAAGACUACUGGCUGAAAAAAGCCAAAGAAUAUUGUGAUUCAGAAGAUAUGUCAUUGUCCGAGAAAAAAUUAGAGAAAUUAGCCAAAGAGAUGUGCCAAGAAUCAUUUAGUUGAAACAAUUAUGUGUUAUGGUUAUUAGCAAUUAAUAAAUUUUAUCGGAUACAAA